AGCCGAUGGAACAGAGAAAAGGCAGCGAUCGGAGAUGAGGAGAGCUUCGAUCGCUGCCUUCUCAUCUCCGAUUCCAAUGACGAGAAGAGGACAUCAGUGGACGAGUGCAAGACAAUUUACUUUGCUGGACAUGAAACCGCGAAUACCGUGCUUGCUUGGACUGUCUUUCUUCUGGCACUCCACACUGAUUGUCAAGAGGAAGCAAGAAAGGAGGUACUUCAAUUACUUGGCAGACAAAAUCCGAAUCCUGGUGGCAUUGCCAAACUAAAAACAGUAAGUACGAUCAUCAACGAGUCUCUAAGAUUAUAUCCUCCGAUUGUUUCCACCGAGAGGAAGGUCGAUAGGGAGGUUCGAUUGGGAAAGCUCAUUGUUCCUGCCAAUGUUGAAGUGGUCAUCCCAACUAUAGCAAUCCACCAUAAGCCUGAAGUUUGGGGGCAAGACGUGCAAGUUUUCAAAGCCGACCGCUUUGUGCAAGGAGUUGCUAAAGCUACUAACAAUAACAUAGCCGUAUUCUUACCCUUUGCAACGGGACCUCGAAAUUGCGCGGGCAUGAACUUUGCAACCACUGAAGUGAAGAUUGUUCUGUCGAUGAUUUUACAACGCAACAGCUCCACUCUUUCCCCUGCUUAUGUCCACUCUCCCUUUCAGUUCCUCACGCUUCGCCCGCAACAUGGAGUGCAAGUAAUUCUACACCCUCUUGUGAACUGCCCAUAAAUAC